UGCCGCACGCACAGACAUUCUCGCUGAGGGCGACUGCGCCUUUAAGUCCCGUAAACUAACAGCCAGACUCGGUGUCAAUGUGCGAGCGAUGAAUUUACUCGAUAUGGUUUUGUUUAAACUCUUGCUGCUGUUGUUCUGUUUAAGCGACAUCAAAGGUCAAAAUGGGAGAACCCUGAGUAAUUACAUUAAGCAUUACGAAGGCCUGUCCUACAAUACAAACAUCUUGCACAGCAAGCACCAGAGGGCUAAGAGAGCUGUGUCCCAUGAUGACCAGUUUGUUCACCUGGACUUCCACGCUCAUGGCAGGCAUUUUAACCCGAUGAAGAGGGAUACUUCUUUAUUCUCACCUGAUCUCAAGGUGGAAGUUUCAGGAGAAGAGAUCCCCUACGACACUUCUCACAUUUACACCGGAGAAAUUUAUGGUGAGAAAGGGACUCUUACCCAUGGCUCUAUUGUGGAUGGGAAGUUCGAAGGUUUUAUUAAGAGCCAUCUUGGCACAUACUACAUCGAGCCCUCAGAGAGAUACCUUAAAGACCAGACUCUGCCCUUCCACUCAGUCAUCUACCAUGAAGAUGACAUUGAUUAUCCUCAUAAGUACGGAGCAGAGGGUGGCUGUGCUGACCACUCUGUGUUUGAGAGGAUGAAGAAGUACCAGAUGUCUGCAGUGGAGGAGCCCAACCAGCAGCAGACGAAGCACGACGCUGACGAGGAUGGAGCCUAUGGGCCGGUGAUCCUGAGGAAACGUCGUGCAGCACAGGCAGAGAAAAACACCUGUCAGCUUUUCAUCCAGACAGAUCACUUCUUCUUCAAACACUACGGCACCCGGGAGGCGGUGAUCGCACAGAUUUCCAGUCACGUGAAAGCCAUCGACUCCAUCUAUCAAAGCACAGACUUUCAAGGCAUCCGCAACAUCAGCUUCAUGGUGAAAAGAAUCAGGAUCAACACAACCGAGGACACAAAAGAACCCUCAAACCCCUUCCGGUUUGCUAACAUCGGUGUGGAGAAAUUUCUAGAGCUCAACUCUGAGCAGAAUCACAACGAUUACUGCCUAGCCUACGUGUUCACAGACAGAGACUUUGAUGACGGAGUGUUGGGUCUGGCCUGGGUCGGGGCUCCUUCAGGAAGCUCUGGUGGGAUAUGUGAGAAGAACAAGGAAUACUCUGAUAAGAAGCAAAAGUCUCUGAACACCGGCAUCAUCACAGUGCAGAACUACGCUUCACACGUUCCCCCUAAGGUCUCUCAUAUCACCUUUGCUCACGAGGUCGGACACAACUUUGGCUCUCCGCAUGACUCAGGAAAUGAAUGCACUCCAGGUGAGUCUAAGACUCAGGAUCUGAAAGAGAGAGGCAAUUACAUCAUGUAUGCCAGAGCCACAUCGGGAGAUAAGCACAACAAUAAUAAGUUCUCCAUCUGCAGCAUUCGUAACAUCAGCCAGGUGCUGGAAAAAAAGAGAUCCAUCUGCUUUGUCGAAUCUGGUCAGCCCAUCUGUGGUAAUGGUUUGGUUGAGGCUAAUGAGCAGUGUGACUGUGGAUACAGCGACCAGUGCAAAAACAAGUGCUGCUAUAGUGCCAAUGAGCGAGAUGGGUUGAAGUGUACUCUGAGACCUGAAGCUCGCUGCUGUCCAAGUCAGGGUCCAUGCUGCACAUCUGAAUGUGCCUUUUCCAGUAAGGAUACGAAGUGCAGGGAUGAAUCGGAGUGUGCUCUCAAGGGCAUGUGCAAUGGAAACACUGCCCAAUGCCCCACCUCAACACCCAAAGAAAACUUCACAGCCUGCCACGGAAAUACCCAAGUCUGCCUUAGUGGGAGUUGCUCUGGCUCUAUCUGUCAGAAGUAUGGUCUGGAUGUUUGCACGUGUGCCAGCGAGGAAGGAAAAGAUGACACAGAACUGUGUCACGUGUGCUGUCAGGAGAAGGGUCAACCCAACACUUGCAGCAGCACUGGUUCAGAUAUAUGGGCAAAGUACUUUAAUGGAAGGAGCACUACGUUGCAGCCCGGCUCUCCUUGUAAUGACUUCAAAGGUUACUGUGAUGUGUUCAUGAAGUGCAGGCUGGUGGAUGCUGACGGUCCUCUGGCCAGACUUAAGAAGGCCAUCUUCGACCCUCAGCUUUAUACAAGCAUCGCCCAGUGGAUAGUGAACCAUUGGUGGGCUGUGUUGUUAAUGGGCAUUGCUCUCAUCAUGGUGAUGGCUGGAUUCAUCAAGAUCUGCAGUGUGCACACACCUAGUAGCAACCCUAAACUGCCCCCACCCAAACCCCUUCCAGGCACACUGAAGAGAAGAAGAGCCCAGAACCCCACUGCACAGACGCAGCCACAGCGUCACCAGCGCCAGCAGAGAGAGAACUAUCAGAUGGGUCAGCUGCAACGCUGAGUUGGCCUCCUCAUUGCCUUGAUUCUUUCUAGUGCCUACAGUGGGAAACACUUCACUCCAAAGAGUUACCUGAAUCAAUCAAUGGGCUCCGUCUGCAAAAUAAGAAACUGGCAAUGAAACCACAUACCACGUGGACUUCACAGGACUAUACUUCAUAAAAAACAAGUUUGUAUGAAACCACUGCUCUGGGAGCCCGCAAAGCUUUUGUUGCUUAACUCAGAGACAAUUCAGAAGCUAGUGAUGAGAAAGAGGACAAGAUAUUAUGUUUUUUCACUUAUCAAUUGUUUUUCUUCAGCCCGCUCCUCAGCUCUGCCCAUAUCAAAAUUAGCUUGUUCUUACUCUUUUUUUGGAAUUGGCACCCUCCUGUGGAGAAGAAAUCUUUGAAGAGACUCCUAUAGCAAUGUAGAGAUGUUUUUGAAAGGGUUAAGAAGCGUUUUUCAUUAAAUCAUACUUCUUGUCUCCUUGGCUGCAGUUGUACAGAUAUCACAAUAUACAGUAGGGAUUUCUCCGACAUGAUGCUGUUGGAUAAUAAUUAUUAGAAUGUUAUGACUGACACUCAGGAUUCUGUUGGUGAAACCUUUUACUAGAUGCGCUUUGGUUAAAAAGAUUUAUUUGGUGUCAUGCCUCUUUUCCCCCAGUUUCUUUUGCUUGGUUGCUUUAAUAUCCUUUCAAAUCAAACACAAGCUUAAGAGCUGCAUUUUUGCAUUUAUGUAUUGUAUUGAAAACCGGCUCGAGAGAAGUAAAGCACAACAUCACCGAAGGAUUUUCUUUUAAUAUAUACAGUAUGUCAAAUUUUGGAACAGGUUGUAGGUAACAGGACAAUGUUUACAUCAUAGAAAUGGUGGCAGAUACACACCCCAAUCAAUAUUUAUUCAAAGGAAUUUUCUUACAAUCUUUAGUCAUCAUCUCUAUUAUAGCUGACAAUAAGACAAUGUCCAUCUUCCCUAUAUGGUGUCAGCCAGCCACGUAAAUGAAUAUUCUGUUUCUGGUUUUGCAUACAGAAUCGUAAUCAUUUUUUAACACCGAAACACUAUUGGCUGUUUUUUCCAGGUUGAAUAUCUGUCAUUUGUUACUGUUCCAGCCCUGGCACAUGUGAGUCUUGAUUGGGAUUUCUGUUCGUCUGAGAGGAAACAGUUUUAAUUUUUUAUCUCUAAAUGUGCUUUAUUAGUUUUGUCUUCUCUGUGUUUCUCUUACAAAGUGAGAGAGUUGAACCGCAUGUGCUUCACAGAGCAGUUGUCCUUCAAUGUUGUACCGCAACAGACAAAAAAUCCUUAUUCUUUAGUAUUAUCUUAUUCAAAAGUCCUCUCAAACAAACUAACUUUUUCAUCCUUUGACCUGCAUUUAACAGGUCCUACCAAAUACAUGGAUAAUCUGCUUUUGUUUCUUUUAAAGAGGGACACAGAGAAAAGUGAUUAUUUUUUCUAAAUGUUCAUGGGAGAGGGAGUUUUAAGGAGCUUGAACUGCUCGGACAACAGUUGGCUUCAGGGGUAAUGCAUCAUUUCUGUGGUAGGGGGUUUAGGUGGAUUUGGCCUAGCAAUUUGAAUGAUUUUGAUUUACAUAGUUUUACUUGUCUCGAUUUGUUUAUAAGUACAGUGCACUGAUACACAAGCAUGGUGUGCGGAUAGAAUAUGAUACAUAAGAUGGAUAAAAUGUCUAAUACUACUGUUUAAUUUUAAUGUCCGCUGUGUUUUAUACAGUAAUGUAUCUUUUCUUUCUUUAUCUUGCUUUGCUUUAUUUGUGUUUCUUUCCUCUCUUCUAUUUGCGCUGACUUUUGAAACUUUUUAAUAAAUACUUUGGCAAAGAAAUAUUGAGCAACAUGUAA